CAGACUUUGCAAUGCCAUCCAAUUCCUGAUUUCGUCACUGCGGAGUCCUUAUCUAUGCAUUCCCCAUUUUCGACCAUAGACUUUGUUGUUGCCACUGCCUCAGGAUUUACGAUCUCUACUGAUCCUAUUUUGGCGUCCAAGAUGCUGACCUUACUAGUUCGUGCCUUUAGAAAAGCUCGUUCCGAUAGUUGCGGACCAGCCGCCCCAGCAGCAGCGGGAACGAAUUCUUCUUGUACAUUUCCAUCUCUUUCUACCUGUUUGCUCGUAGAGUCGAAAACUUUGCGUUUCUCCUUGCUAUUUGCAUCUGUGUUCUUGGCUCUGUCUUUUGCUCGCUUCUCGUACGCCUCCACAUCCCAUGUUCGGCGCGAAACAUUGGCAACUUGCUUAUAGUUCAAGUUCGUGGACAUGACAGCUAAAUCUUGUUGUUCACCAGUCAGCACUCAGUCUGUUCGACAAGAAUGUGUACCGGUAGGACCCUUUUUCACCUGGAACUUUACUUGGAAGCUCCGAUACCGUACCGACACGCAUUGUAUGUACUGUAUGGAACCUCUUGUCCUUUACGAAGUAGUAAUUUGUAGGAUCUAUGUCCUGCCUGCAAUGUACGUGCAUAACUAGUACGUACACAAGUUCAGACAAAAAAACUUUUUGAACAUUUUUCCCCAAAAGGGGGGAACCGGGACGGAGUUACGAAGAAGGAAAAAUUUUGCACGGGUCUGAACCUUUUUGAGACAACAUCGCACCGUGCUCUUCAUUCGUCAAGGCAUUGAGAAAAGCAUUGUCAGUCGUCAGUCGGUAAUAGAAGAAAGCGGUAAUUUGCGAGUGAACAACAUUAUCUACAAAGGCAUCCCAAGCAAUCUUGAAAGAGGAUCGCAUUUCGGUCUUAAGUGUUUUUCGCUGAGUUAGAUUGCAGAUCGCAAUGGCAGAUGAUCGGAAAAGGACGAUGCCAGUACCAACGGCUACCACUACUGCCAGUAGUAGCCGUGUCGGUCGUCUGUCUUCAUUGACGUUGACUUCGUCGAAAUUCGAACCCGUACCGAUUGUUUUGGAGAUAUCAUCGACUGUACUACGGGUUGGAUUUGCUGGCGAAAAGUCGAGACCGCAACAUAUAAUUGUCCUUGAAGGGCCGAUUUUCGACUGCGACUAUUGCAGUGGGGACGAAGCUCGAUCGAUCGAACGGAAGAACAGAACGAAAACAGAAUCCGAAUGGUAUUUAGUUUUGUCUCCCUUAAUCGCACAAGUAUAUGACCGUCUUAUGUGCAAGCCAUCCACACGACGCGUAGUCUGUAUGUACAGCAACCAGCGCUAUACGCCUCUAGCGUUUCGAAAAGCACUAUGCCAACAUUUAUGGAAUCGAGGAGUCCCUGCACUGGUGGAAAUAGACCCCCUUGAGGUCCUACCCAUCGUCCAAGGUUGGACACGGGGUUUAGCUGUAAACAUUACACGAGAAGAAGCAUAUUGUAUCUGUCAUGCCGAUGGAUAUGUACUUCCUUAUACAUAUCAGAUGGUUCCACCCGGUGGAUACAAAAACUGGCUACAAUCCGAAAAACGAAACGAAAUCAACGAGGAAUCAAUGGCAUCUUUGGUUUCCGCAGUUUUAUCAUGUUUGCAGAAAUGUCCUCGUGAUCUAAGAAUGAGUGUCGUAUCGAAUGUAGUCUUUUGCGGAGACGGCGUUCUUGUCCUGCCAGAUUUGCCUCGAAAGGUUAUGAAGAAAGUCCGAGAUAUCCUGCAAUGUAACGACAACGACGAAGAAAGAUCCCUUGGGAAGUUUCCCAGUGAAGAUUACGGGUGUGUUCCGUUGGAUUUGGCGAAUCUCAGAUCCUUGGCCUCGAGUGUCGCGCUAACUUCGUGCGCGCCUUAUCGAGCCGAUUGGAUUUGUUGGGUAGGAGCUUCAUUGUGGGCUGCUGUUUGGAAUAAGUAUAAUGACGAAGAGACACCUAUUCCAUGGAUGUUCAAUAGCGAAUGACUUCACUUAUUGUUGAAUGGAAUUACCACUCAUUCUUUCCUUCGUAACGUUCAUGAGGGUCGUCUCCAUACAUUGUUAGAAAUAACACAUUAAAGUUAGAGUCUCACU